UGUUAUAUUUAUUUCCUUCUGUCCCUUUUUCCUUCUCUCCAGGAUUCAAGCGUUUUAAGAAAUCUUUUUGUUGUGCUGACUCUUGGACUCUGCCUGGCGAUCAGCCCAGAGGCCACUCCCACCUAUGAAGGCAGGGACCCGAUCAGCGGCAGACCGGUGCAGUGUGACCGCUGCCCGCCGGGGACCUUCCUGCGCGCCACAUGCUCCUCCGUUAAAAAGAGCGAGUGCUCUCCGUGUCCGCAGGGCUCCUUCACGGAGCUCUGGAACUACAUCGGGAGAUGUUUGCGCUGCGGAGUCUGCGGAAGGAACCAGGUGGUGAAGAAGGAGUGCACCGCAGACAGCGACUGUCAGUGCGAGUGCAGAGAAGGAUACUUCUACGACCAGAGAUAUGAAAUGUGUUACCAACACGCAGAGUGCAGACCCGGCCACGGAGUCCUGACCCAAGGUACACCUGAGAAAAACACUGUGUGUUACACCUGCCCUCAAGGUACCUUCUCUGACAUUUCCUCUGCGCAUCAAAACUGCACAAAUCACAAGAACUGCAGUGAGGCAGGACUGCAGUGUGUGCUGAAAGGCUCCACCUGGCAUGACAGUGUGUGUGCAAACUGUGAGGAGCUCAAAGAUGAAACUGAGUACCUUAAAGAAAUCAUCCCAUCAUUCUUCAUCUUCCACAAAAUGAACAUCAAACAACUUCGUCGGAUUGUGCAGAAGCUCCCAUCUAAGGAUGGUAAAAAGCCAGGAGAGAGUUUGGAGCUAAGCUUCUCCAAACUUCAUGCAAGAAUCUGUGAAUGGAAAUCAUCUGCCACAGCUGCACAUAUUCAGCAGCUGCCCAGCAUUAUAAGUAAAGUAGGAGAAACUACUAUUGGAGGGAAACUACAAAACAAGUUAACCAAUAUUCAAACAUUUCUGGAAGAGCGCUGUCAUUCUAAAAUGAAAAGCGAUUGAUGUUUAAUUUUUAAACAUAAAAAGUAUAAAAAGAGUUAAACCUUGCUCAUUCAAAAAAAUGGUGGGCAAAACAAUCGUCAAUAAAAAUAACUGUAUUUUUAAAUUGCACUUUUUAAAAUUCAGAUGAUUCUGAACACAGCCGACUCACCUUUAGAUAAUUUCAGCAUUGGCAGCUUAUCGAGGUCAUUAUGAUUUUUCUAAAAAUGCAGUCAUUUCAUCAUUAAGCCAAAUACCCAGGACACAUAUUUUUUUUUAGAAAUGGAGAGCUUCUUUUGAUUUUUUUUUUAUUAAACUGGUUAUUUUUAUUAGAAAUAUUAUAUUUGAUCAUAAAGUACAAUAGGAAUCUCCAGAAUUACACGAUAAUGACACCCCUAAGUAAUAAUAAUCUAUUGUUUUAUUAGUUGA